UCUCACUCUGUAGAUCGCGAAGUGAGCUGAGUCACAAACACAAUACGUGAGCGUGAGGUGAUUUAUUUUGUGUUUUUGCUGUGUUGUUAAUUGAUGUUGUCACCAAGGGAAGACGAUGAUGACGACAGUCACCUCUGCAUCAAAUGCAACACCACCAUCGUCGGCUUGGACAACUACGUGAAGCACAGGAAGCAAAGAUGUGGGAAACUGAAACCUGAACACCAAAAGCCUGAGCUCCCGGCUAUAGAUCCUCUAGAACCGUCUUACAACCUUGGCGCUGAUGUGUUCUUCCAGUCUUUGGAGCUACAAAGCAGUGUAAAGAAAACCUCCCUGUCGAGACUCACUCCACCCAUUCCUAUAAGCAAAGCUAAUUUAGAUAGAAAGAGUUCUUUAGUUGUUCCAUCUACUUCUAGAGAACUCCCACGUAUGAGCCCCUUAGAAACAAAUCUCAGAGGGGAAGACUGGAUUGGAGGACACAGUCUGAGGAUUGGAAGUAAUGAGGACAAUCAAACAAAGCUAAUAAAUGCGGUUGCCAGCAUCAGUGGGGCUGUCAAAAAAGAUAUUCCGACUUCAUCGUACAAUAUAAACUAUGAUUACAAAGGCGAUGAAGACAGUGACGAAUCUGAGGAAUCAGAAGACGAUGAUGAGGAAGAGCAUCCUACUGGCAGUAAAUGGAAACCUCCUCCUAACUAUACUGGAGGUAAAUGGAGACCAGCCUCCCCUGAACACGAGGACUGGGAUAUGCGGGAAGAGCAAGAACACACUGGAGGAAAGUGGAAACCUAUAAUGCCUGAUAAUAAUGAACGUGAUGAAGAUUAUGAUGCACCUCCACCAGGACAUACGAAGGGCAAAUGGGUACCAGGUGCUAAUGAAAAGACUCAAAUAAUGCAGACAACCAUACAGACGAAGGGUUCUGUACAAUAUUGGUGCGGUCCCUGCAACAGAAGACUCAAUUCAAGGGCCAUCUAUGACAAGCAUCUUCGUUCCAGCUUGCAUUUGAAGAAAGUUCUUCCUGAACACGAGUUGGAAUUUUCAGGCCACUUGGAACCAAUGAAAAACGUAAUGGACAAGCGAUUGGCACGACCAUCACGAUUCGUUAAUGAUGAUAUUUACUCACAGGUGGAAGGAAAUAAAGAGGAUAAAAACGAUAGAAAAUUAAGUAUUAAAAUUGAAAAGAAAAAGAGGAAGAGAAAGCCUAAUUUUGUGCAUUGUUCUGGCUGCAAAUCAAGAGUUAGGCAGCAUUUGAUGGGAAAGCAUUUAAUAUCUCACUACCAUUUCAGAAAAGCUACAGAUACGAACACAACUCUGUAUCAGCAGCUUAUUUUAGACAACAUGGACGCCAUAGUUCACCAAUCGCCUUUCCAAUGCAGUCCCUGCAAGUUCUACACAAAUUGGCUAUCUACAUUCAUGCAACAUUGGUAUUCUGAAGAACAUAAUCAGAAACUCUCUGCCAUCGAAGGUAGACUUUGGUGCUCCUUUUGCAAAUUUGAUAGCGAAUCUUCCCAAGAAAUGUUAGAGCAUUUGUCUAGUUCAGACCAUAGUGAAGUCAUAGCAGUUAUCAACAGAUCCAUGCCGAUCAUAAUACGGAAGAAAACCGUAUUAAAAUGUGAUGCUUGCUGCAAAGAAUUCAAAUACAAUAUCGAGAUGAAACGACAUUGCCAAAAGACUGGCCAUCCAUUGGCGGUCACUGCCACUGACAAUUAUCAAGAGCUCCACAAGUGUCAACAUUGUAAAGCGAAGUUUAAAUCUUCCCUGACUCUUGCUGCUCAUUUGAAAUCCAAGCAUAAGCAGAGAGCCUACCUUUGUCUAGUAUGUAGCAUGAAUUUCAAUUCUUCGGAGGAGGCAAAGCAUCAUCGGCAGACUUCAGAACACAGAAUCAGAAGGAAGGAGAACUUAAGGGAACAAGGUGUGCCAACAAAAGACAUGAGCAAGAAAUGUCCUUACUGCACCGACAGUGUUAUUUUAAGAAAUGUUUUAGUUUUGAAGGAUCAUAUUCGGAGAGUGCAUCCUAAUAUGCGAAAGAAGUGUCCUAAAUGUGGAAUGUCGUUCAUCCUCUCUCAAGAAGUGACUCGCCACGUCAGAGACAACGCCUGUCAACUCUCCCAAACUGCUCAGAUAAGUUCUUCUAUUUUCUGGAACUGCAGCCAGUGCCUCUUCACCACCGACUCUCAAGCUGAGUGCUUCUUCCACGAAGUCUUGCACACGACACCUAAGAAGGAGCUUCUGAAAGUUGGAGACACGGAGAAAUUGGUUCAGAAGUAUCCAUGUCCUCUUUGUCCCAAGAGUUUUAAGAAGGCUUCGUUGCGCCAGCAUUUGAGACAGCAUACCUUCGAAAGACCUUUCAUUUGUUCCAUCUGUGGUGCAAACUUCACUCGGCAGACAAGCUUGGCCAACCAUUCCAGAAAUGAGCAUAGCACUGAAAUAGCCAAGAUACCGAAGUUGCCAGCUAUUGUGGAGAGGAUUGAAGAGUGGGAGUGCGGAAAAUGCAAGAGCAGAUUUUCGAGCAAGACAGCAUUGUCGCGUCAUUCCAGUACUUGCGCGAAUGCAAGCACCGCCCGUCGAUGUCCUCAUGACCAGUGCACAUUCGUGGCCAGCAAUUCUAGUCAACUUGCCAAACAUCGCAGAACCCACGGGGAGCACAUAAAACAUCAUGAGUGCCAUCUGUGUACGUUCAAGACAGACCAAGCGAGCCACAUGAAGCGGCAUAUGCUAUGCCACCAAGGAGUCAAACCUUACGGCUGUCCUCAUUGCACCUUUACUUGUGGAAGUUUGGAAAAUCUACGCAAACAUGUUCUUCGGAGUGGCCGGCAUCCAGGAUUAUAUCUCUAUCAUUGCCGAUUGUGUCCUUACAACACAAACACAGCUAUGGAACUUCGUGCCCAUCUAACUAUGGCCCAUGCCCAUAAAUAUGAUUCAAAGACUGCUGUUGAAGCUGUUAAAAUGCACCUUAUGAUCGGUGAUAAGAAAUAAUAUGACAUGAAUAAUUUUAAA